CGAGUUCGAUUCCGCUCGGUGAGCAAUCAUGGUGAGAGUGCGCCGCAGCGGCCGCCCAUGCCUCGUGCAGACUCCGACUAUUCCGUGCGCUCGCUUCAGUCCGUCCACUCCAUGAUGCCUCCGACUUCGGAGUCUGCCGACCUCGCGGAGUAUUUUCACGGACAUAAAGAGCCCGAGCCCGAGCAUGGAGCAGGCGUCGAGCAGACGGCGCACUCACGCACUUCCCCUGCUGCCGACGGCGACACCCCCAAAUCCUCCAUCGAGAAGGAGGGAGCACCCACGCAACCGAUCUCCGCCCGAGACCGCUGGAAGAAUGCCAGCAAAUUGAUUCGCCAGAAGACGGUCCACUUGGGUGAACGUCUAGGUCGCCCCUCCGAUGACGAUGGCGGUGACCUCGGCGCGGCCAUGCUACCCGACGACUUGGAAAGAGGAUUUGCACCACCACCGCUCCGUCGUGGAGGAGAGGGAAAGGACACGUUCGACAUUCACAAUCGCGACCGAGACGAGACACCACCGCCACCUAGCGCAGAGGCCCAUCGACUGGUUCGCAGCAUGACCCAGCAUCACCUGCGCAAUCGCAAACCCAAGUCCGCCUACGCACGCUCCGGAACCAGCACCCCUGACGAGUCGAGCCGACCGGAUUCCUGGUAUGGGGGCGAUACGCCGUCAUCGCGCCCCGGUGCAGGCGGCGGCGGUAUUCUCGCGCAGCUGCUGAAGCUUCAUGCUGCCCAGGCGAAAGACAACAUGUCCGUCACAGACUCGUCCGACAACGAAUCAGUGGCCUCGUCCGGUACCGCCACCCCGCGACGGGACUUCUCUUCAGGAACGGCAACUCCCAAGAAGGAGAAGCUGAAGUGGUACAAGAAAUCGAAUCACCACUCCACCGCCUCUCUGGUUUCUGCAUCGAUGAAUCUAAGUCGAGCUAGUCUGCCGGCCUCCGCAGAUACACUGGUGAUGCUGCCGCAGCCGCCGAAGAAGGGAAAGAAGAAGUCGCGCAAAACCCGCUUGGAGGACGAAAUCCGCGUCACCGUGCAUAUCGCUGAAAUCCUGGCGCGGCAGCGUUACAUCAUGCAGCUGUGCCGGGCGCUAAUGCGGUAUGGCGCCCCCACCCACCGUCUCGAGGAAUAUAUGCAAAUGACGGCGCGAGUGUUGGAAGUCGAAGGCCAGUUCUUGUAUCUGCCGGGAUGUAUGAUCAUGUCGUUUGACGAUCCGACCACCCGCACGGCCGAGGUCAAGCUGGUUCGAGUCGUGCAGGGGGUGGAUCUAGGCCGAUUGGCGGAAACGCACAACGUGUACAAGAAUGUAGUGCAUGACCUAAUCGGAGUGGAGGAGGCCAUCCAGGAACUGGAUUUCAUUAUGAAGCGGCCUCCGCGCUUUAACAAGUGGAUCCUUGUGUUCGCCUAUGGGCUGGCCAGUUGCGCGGUCGGUCCAUUCGCCUUUGCAGCCCGGCCGAUCGACAUGCCUAUCAUCUUCUUCCUGGGAAGCCUUGUCGGGCUGAUGCAGCACGUCCUGGCGCCACGCUCGGUUCUGUAUUCCAACGUGUUCGAGGUCACCGCCGCCAUCCUGACCUCCUUCCUCUCGCGUGCCUUCGGGUCCAUCCACCGCGGCAGGUUACCCAAUGGCGAGCUGGACUACAUUUUCUGCUUCUCAGCGUUGGCACAGUCGUCGAUUGCUCUUAUUCUCCCUGGUUUUAUGGUUCUCUGCAGUAGUUUGGAACUGCAGUCCCACCAGAUGAUUGCCGGUUCCAUCCGCAUGGUCUACUCGAUCAUCUACUCGCUGUUCCUGGGCUAUGGCAUCACCGUCGGCACGACCAUUUACGGACUGAUCGACGGGGCUGCCAGCUCGAUGACGACGUGCCCGAACCAAGACGUCUACGGCAGUAAAUACAUCCAGCACUUCGUCUUCGUCCCGAUCUACGUGAUCUUCCUCGCGGUGAUCAACCAGGGUAAAUGGAAGCAGGUGCCGGUGAUGAUCGUCAUCGCCACCUGCGGCUACGUGACCAACUACUUCAGCACGCUCAAGCUCGGCUCCAGCUCCGAGGUCGCCAACACCGUCGGCGCCUUCACGAUCGGACUGCUGGGCAACCUGUACAGUCGCGUGUGGCACGGCCACGCCGCCACCGCCAUUCUCCCGGGUAUCUUCGUGCUAGUCCCCUCUGGCCUGGCCUCCUCAGGCUCAUUGCUGUCCGGCAUCGAAUACGCCGACGAGGUGCGCAACAAUCUGAAGAACGGGACGAGCACCACGAGCACGGCCUCGGACGCGAGCAUCUCUAGCCUCGGUUUCGGAAUGAUCCAGGUGGCCAUCGGUAUCACGGUUGGGUUGUUCAUCUCCGCCUUGGUCGUCUACCCCUACGGCAAGCGUCGGAGUGGAUUAUUCAGUUUCUGA